AUGACUACAAUCCACGAAAUCCUGGGCAAGCUCUGCCUUGAGGGAAACGAACAGGUUUCUCAGACCGCAUAUGGCUCACUCAAGGCAUCAACCAACUUUGAUGCAGACCGAGAUGCCGCUGCCCUCGAAACAGCCAUCAAGACCAAAGGUGUCGACGAGGUCACAAUCGUCAACAUCCUGACCAACCGCAGCAAUUCCCAGAGGCAGGAUAUUGCAUUCGCCUAUCAGAGGCGAACCAAAAAGGACCUCCCAUCGGCACUGAAGUCUGCUCUGUCUGGAAACCUGGAGAAUGUAAUGCUGGGCUUGAUGAAGACGCACCGACAAUACGAUGCCUCCGAGCUGAAGGCCUCCAUGAAGGGUUUGGGCACAGACGAAGAUACCCUUAUUGAGAUCAUCUGCUCGCGGGACAACAAGGAACUUCAUGCCAUCAAUGGCGCCUACAAAGAAAUGUACAAGACGGAUUUGGAAAAGGACAUCACCUCUGACACCUCUGGGGACUUCCGCAAACUGAUGAUCGCUCUGGCAAAGGGUAAAAGGCCAGAGGAAGGCUCAGUUAUCGAUUACGAGAAGAUUGACCAUGAUGCUAGGGAGCUGUAUGAAGCUGGAGUAAAGAGAAAGGGGACUGAUUCAGCCAAAUGGAUCUCCAUCAUGACCGAGCGUAGCGUACCACAUCUACAGAAAGUGUUUGAUAGGUACAAGAGCUACUGCCCCUAUGACAUGGUGGAGAGCGUUAAGAAGGAGUUCAAUGGAGACAUGGAAAAUGCCAUGUGUAAUCUUGUGCAGUGCAUUCAGAACAAGCACAUGUACUUUGCUGACAGGCUGUACGAUUCAAUGAAGGGCAAAGGAACCAAAGACAAGAUCUUGAUCCGGAUCAUGGUGGCUCGCAGUGAAAUUGAUAUGCUGAAAAUUAGGAAGGAAUUCAAAAAGAAGUAUGGCAAAUCACUGCAUUACUUCAUCAGCCAAGACACAAAGGGUGACUACCAGAAGGCGUUGCUGAACUUGUGCGCAGGAGAUGACUGA